UGAAACAGUGAGAGAAGUGGUGUGUUGGCAAUGAUUAGAACGAAAUAGUUCCAUAGCCAAAAUAUAUAUUUUUUGACUUUCCGCGUGUAUUUAAGAAUUUGUUUGGGUAUUUGUUAAGUUUGAACAUUUUUUUAAAUCUCUGGUGAAAUAAAAACGUUAUGUUAACGGUAAAAAAAUAUUACGUGCCGAAACCGUGGUCGCGCAUUAAUAAUGUUAAUAGUCACUUGUUUGUUUUCUCUUUCAGCCGCUUUCAGCAGCUCUUUAAGCAGUCUGCAGUCUGUACGCCAUUUUGCAGUGUGUUUUAAUAUAUUACUGACCGUGAAAUAACGUACAGUUUGUGUUUCAGGAUUUUGUGUUAAUAUUGUGUAUUUUAACUUUGUUAUAUUAUUUAUUAUCUACUAUUGUAAUGAUGGAAUUUGUUAUCGUUUUGAUAUUUUGUGUGGUUCUUGUGAUUGCUGUAAUGGUAAUUGGUUCCGGGAUGGGGAAAGCUACUUCGUCGCAGCGUCAGAUGGACAUCAUUAACGUCGCUCAGAACUUAUAUCUUUUAAUUAGGAAAGGCGACUUGAAGAAAUGUGACGUUACGCAGACGACCGCGUUUCUUCUCAACAUCGCAAAGUCAACUGUUCUCAAGUACUACAAGAAAGACAUUGAAGAAGUUUCAACACCAGGAAAAAAGAGGAAAAAAAGGCCACAGGAAGGAAAGUCACUUGAUACAGUCGACGAUUUCACAGUAAAUGCAAUCAGGAAUGCAAUUUACAGGAUGUACGCUGAAGGUUUGAAUGUUACAGUCGACACCAUUUUGAAAGAAAUCAGGGAAAGACAAAUAGAUUAUUAUGGUGGAAGAUCAAGUCUUCAUAAAUUGUUAAAGAAGAUGGGAUUUUCAUGGAAAACUGUUGAUGGACGAAAAGCUUUGAUAGAGAAUGAAAACAUAGUAUUGCAGCGAAUAGAUUUCUUGAGAAAGUAUAAAGAAGAAAAAGAAAGAGGUGCCAAUUUCAUAUUUGUUGAUGAAACAUGGAUUUUCCAGAGAGGAACUGUAUCAAAGUCAUGGCAGGACAAGAGUCUACAAUCUGCGAAGAGACGUACUGUUGGAGAUGGUAAAAGGUUUAUUGUUGUUAAUGCUGGAGGGCGCACUGGCUUUGUGCCAGGAGCAGGAUUACUUUUUGUUUCAGGUCAGAAGACUGCAGACUACCAUGGCGAGAUGAAUGGGGAAACUUUCUUGAUGUGGUUUGAAGACAUGUUGGUGCAUCUUGAGGAACCCAGUGUCAUCAUAAUGGACAAUGCUUCAUAUCACAGCACCCAGAUGGGCGAGGUGUGUGGAUCACGUGGAGAAGCUAAUUCAAGCAGACUGGGAGAGAGAAGUCCACAUAGACAGCGGCACCAUUCCUCCACUCAUCAUCCACCUCGGCGAGGAUAGUUCAAGUGAAGACAGUGACAGCGAAGAAUUUGAGGUUACGACACAGCAAGUAGAUGGAGACAGUGAAGUACUGGCAGUUCCUCUUGAUGAUUUACCCGGGUGUUCUUAUUGAGGUCUGUAUGUAAUAAACACCUGGGCAACUGUAAGUAUUGGGGUUUGAAACAUUUUUUUUUCUUUUAUGCAUUCCCAUGAAGUAUGUUGAUUACUGGAACUUUAUGUAUUAACUUUAUAUUACACGUAUUAUGAAAUGAAUAUUAAAUUUCAUUUCUGGAUUCGUAUAGGUGUAUGUGAAACAUUUUAUUUUGUUGUGUGUCUUCAUUUUUCAGUGAACUUACUUGGAAAACAAAAAGCCAGUCCCCAUCCAGGGCCACAAAUAAAUAAUGCAUAUAAGUGGUAUAGAAAUUACUGUCAAUUCUUCACCACAAUUUUACUGUUCAUAAAAUUAUGAUUUUGUCUAAUAAGUAUACUCAGGAAAAUGUAUAUAACCAUAUUUUUAUUUGUGGCCUUAACCGGCAAAAUGGUAGGGGUUUAUUAAAUAAAAGAAGAAAAUUCAUUUUUAAAUGUUUUCAUCUGAAUUUGUUAAUUUUAUUAAACCUUCAAUCCUUAGUCUUUUCCAGAUUGCUUAGAUGGACAGCCAUAUGUAUAAUUUACAAUACUUUUUUUUUCAGAUGCAGAAAACUGUGUUGAACUGUACUAAAUGAUGAUAUUUAUUGCUUACAUAAAUGUUGUAAAUUUAUAUAUUCUCCUAAAAAUUUACUUUAAAUUAUAUGUUAUUUCUUUAGCUAACAAACUUAUUUUUUAAUAUUUUUACCAUUGGGUAUCAUAAAUAAUGUUAUGAACAUAUGCAUGUAUACUUAGAUCAUAUUCAAAUUACUUUUAUAUAUAUAUAUAUAUAUAUACAUACAUACACACAUUGUUUUGACAGCUGGUGAUUGUAAACAAACCAUUUGACAUUUGUCACAUGGCAAUGUUUUUGUUUACAUACGGCGGAAGGAUACAUAGUGACAUUAAAGUAGAUCCGGUGAAAAGCAGGGCUUCAGAAAAGUAGGAGGUUACCGUGGAUGGACU